AUGAUCAGAGAGCUCACUGUACAGGACACUGGGACGUACCAAUGUGGAGUUGAUAGACCUGCAGCGAAAGACAUUUAUACACAGGUGGAACUGAAGGUCAAGGAAGAUCUGUCCUAUAAGAAGUCCAUCAGUAAGACUGUUCAUGUCGGAGGAGAUUUGAACAUCAGCUGUAAAUACCCAGAAUCCCUCAGGAGGGACCCCAAGUUCCUCUGCAAGAAGGGGCUGCAACAAGCUGCUUGUUUUAAUAAAGAAUCUGUGAAAGAAAGUAGAAAGUAUGUAAAUGAGGGGAAAUUCUCCCUGCAUGAUGACAGAGCAAAACAAAUCUUCACUGUCAGUAUUAGAAAUGUGACUGAGCAGGACUCUGGUGAAUACUGGUGUGGAGCUGAAGCAGCCUGGAUAUCUGAUCGUGGAUACAAGGUUUAUUUCACACAGAUCUACCUGAGAGCUAUUGGUCCUCGUGUCCCAGUUUCAACCUCGAAACCAACACAACCUUCAUCAUCACCGCCAUCGCCAUCAUUAUCACCAUCAUCACCGCCAUCACCACCACCAUCAUCUUCCCUUCCAGGAUUUCCAGCUUCCACUUUGAUCCUUUUGUCUGUAAUUCUGCUGCUGUUUCUGAUUGGAAUCUCAUUCUUCUUUGUGAUUGUACAAAGAAGACACAAGAUGCAAGGUAGAGCUGCUACUGGCAGGAGUUCUAUCGAAAGCUCAGGAAACAACCAUGGGGUUCCUCUUAAUGUCUGUGAGUUUGAGGAGAUUAAAGACACCAGACGACUUUUUGCCUCAGAUCCUGGAACUUCCACAGUUUACUCUUCUGCUCAGCUACCAACAAUCUCCUCUGAUCCUCAAACUCUUGAUACAAACACAGAGUUACCCACAAGCCCCUGUGAUUGUACUGUUUAUUCUACUGCUGAACUGCCCACAAUCCCCUCUGAUCAGGACAUCGACUCCACGGCUCAGUUACCCACAUGUCUCUCGGCUGAGAAAUCUUCUGAAUGUCUGUUUUAUGCUACAGUGAAUUUUCAUGCCAGUGGCACCAGCUCUGAUGACAUUCCAGAGGUUAUUUUUACGAAGGAAGAGGUCUCUGGAGUUGGUGUGUUGAUCUGCGAGUGUGAACUCAGGAUGAAGAUCCUCCUCAUCUUCACCCUCUGCCUGAUCUCAGGUAAAGAAACGCACUUCAAAAUAAUCCUCACUAUCAGCAGCAGUGUUACAGGAAGGAAGGUUUUGCUCAGGUGGAUGUUUGGUGUUUUGUUAGAUGGAGGAGCCUCCAAGAAAGUAACAGGAUAUUCAGGAGGAGGAGUCCUUAUCAAGUGCAAGUAUGAUAGAGAAUACACACAAAACCCAAAAUAUUUCUGUAAGGGUUCAUCUCCAGGCUGUUCUGACCAAAUAAAGACAGGAGAUAAAAAUGAGUGGGUAAAUUCAGGAAGAUUCUCACUGUUUGAUGACACCAAAUCAGCAGAGUUCAGCGUGAUGAUCAGAGAGCUCACUGUACAGGACACUGGGACGUACCACUGUGGAGUUGAUAGACGUGCAGCGACAGACAUUUAUACACAGGUGGAACUGAAGGUCAAGGAAGGGGACUUGGUCUCUAGAGAAGUGAGUGCAUAUGCAGGGGGAGGAAUCAACAUCAAGUGCAGAUAUGAGGAUGAAUAUAAAGACAAACCAAAAUCUUUCUGUAAGAACGGAGCUGAUCAGUGGUGUUUUAAUCAAAUAACAACAAAACUAAACAGUGAAUGGUCACAUGAUGGCAGAUUCUCAGUUCAUGACAGCAGAAGUGCAGGAUUCUUCAGUGUGUUUAUCAGAGAGCUGAUUACGGAGGACACUGGAACAUAUUCAUGUGCUGUUGUUGUGUCUGAUGAAAUAGAGACCUACACUGUAGUGAAGCUGAAUGUAGCAGAAGAUAUGUUCUAUGAGAAGUCCAUCAAUAAGACUGUUCAUGUCGGACGAGAUUUGAACGUCAGCUGUAAAUACCCAGAAUCCCUCAGGAGGGACCCCAAGUUUCUCUGCAAGUCGAGGCUGCAACAAGCUGCUUGUUUUUAUAAAGAAUCUGUUAAAGAAAGUAGAAAGUAUGUAAAUGUGGGGAAAUUCUCCCUGUAUGAUGACAGAGCAAAACAAAUCUUCACUGUGAGUAUUAGAAAUGUGACUGAGCAGGAAUCUGGUGAAUACUGGUGUGGAGCUGAAGGAGCCGGGACAUCUGAUCAUGGAUACAAGGUUUAUUUCACACAGAUCAACUUGAGAGCUAUUGAUCCAUGUGUCCCAGUUUCAACCUUGAAACCAGCACAAUCAUCAUCAUCAUCAUCAUCAUCAUCAUAUUCUUCUUCUUCUUCUUCUUCUUCAUCAUCAUCAUCAUCAUCAUCAUCGUCAUCAUCCACACCUCUACUUCUCAGUAAUAAACAGAAAUCCGGGUCUAAUCCAGCUUCUCCUCCAACAGGAUUACCAGCUUCCACUGUGAUUCCUGUGUCUGUAAUUUUGCUGCUGCUUCUGAUUGGAAUCAUCAUCCUUGUUGUGAUUCUGCAAAAGAGACAAAAGAUCCAGGCUGGUACAGCUUCUACUGGCAGAAGUUCUGUCCAAGACUCAGGAAAUGCCCAAGGGGUUCCUCAUGCUGUCUGCGAGUAUGAGGAGAUUAAAGACACUAGAUACCUUUCUGCCUCAGACACUGGAACUUCCACAGUUUACUCUACUGUUCAACUACCAACAAUCCUCUCUGAUGCUCAAACUAUUUAUGCAAACACCAAGUUACCCACAAGCCCCUGUGAUUUUGCACAUACUGUUUACUCUACUGCUCAAUCACCAAGAAAUCCUCCUGAUCAGGACAUCGACUCCACAGCUCAGUUAUCCACAGGUCUCUCGGCUGAGAAAUCUUCUGAAAGUAUGACUUAUGCAAAAGUGAAUUUUCAUGCCAAUGCCACCAGCUCUAAUGCAAUUCCAGAGGUUAUUUUUAAGAAGGAAGCGGUCUCAUGUGACUAUGCUUCAGUCAGCCAUGUUACUUCAUGUGGCUAGUUUCUUAUCAUUAUGGCUCUAUGUGGUGCUGGAACUUUACUAAUUAUACACAACCCCAAUUCCAAAAAAGUUGGGACGCUGUGUAAAAUGUAAAUAAAAACAGAAUGCAAUGAUUUUCAAUUGAAUCAGACUCAAAAAGGACCCCAUCCUCAUUUGGGUGAUAACAGACAAUGUGAUUAUAAAUAACUUGCUUCUAGAACAGUGUCCUAUAUAGUCACAAAAUAUAACUGUGACACCAGGAAAUUCCUUAUAGUUUUAACUAGGGCUGUCAAAGUUAACGCGAUAAUAACGUGUUAACGCGAUCUCAAUUUAUCGCGAUUUUAAAAAAUAGUGCCGUUAACGCAAAUUCUAAUUUGGCCCUGCGAGUCACCCAUAGUUCCUGUUGAGGCUUGUUGCGUGCUGCUUCAAUAAGAGUAAGUGUGAGUGAUGGAGAAAGGCAUAGACAUAUAAACAUAGACGCCGCCUUCUGCGUAGAGUCAUACGUCAUCCUUGCCGCCAUAUUGGAUUACCUUUCACAGGUGAGACUGGAAAAAUACUUUUCAAUACUGUUCCUUCAGUCUUCAGUUUCCCAGCUCAUCUCCACUGGGUAGGUGUAUAGUUAUAAGCAGUGAGAAUUAGAUAAUACAGUGCCACACUAUGAUGACCGUUUUUGAACAUAUGAUGAAUGUUUUUAACCUUUCUGAAUGUGAAGGAAUCAGUGAUGUAUUUUGUUUUGGUAUGAUGUUAGAACCUGGCCGAACUCAGUUUGGCGGUCAUUCAGCUCACUUUAUUCAACGAGAGUAGGUCUGUGUGGUGACUCAAUAAAUAAAACAGUAAAUUUUUAUUUUCAUUCACUAUUUCCAGUUUUUCCACUAUUUCCAUCAUUUAUCAUAUUCAGUCUUGUAGGUUGGUUAUUGUGGCCUCAGAUUUUGGUAGUUUGCUACGGUAUGCUGACUGAUUAGCUUACCUGAGCUAUCUAUCGUGUAUCUGUUGCUAGUUUGCAGUGUACAGGGUAUUUCGCACACUAUUUAUAACCAUCACAUUAAAAGUUAUAUGUGUUGUUUUGAUGCCUGUUUGUUUCCCAAAUAUAUACGUGUGUGUCUUAAUGGGUGAAUAAAAGGCAUUGAGUUAAAUAUUAUUGUACAAAGGGGCUUUAUGAAGUUCAGUCCAUUUACUUGCAUUGGUUUACGGGGAAGAUUUGCCACAUCCAAUAUGGCGGACACUCUGACGUAUCCCAGCAACGGGCCACCAGGCUCAAUGCGGCGUCUAGUGAAAUUAUAACAUUUCACUUUAAAAGCCUUAUUCAUUUACAUAGAUUUAAAAAAAUGCGAUUAAUCACGAUUAACUAUAUGAAAUCCUGAGAUUAAUCGCGAUUAAAUUUUUUAAUCGUUUGACAGCCCUAGUUUUAACAUGAAGUCUGUUUUGUUGAAGUUAUAAACUGUUCAUUGAUGGAAAAUUGAGUGCAAAACUGUUCAUGACAACUGCAGUCCUAAAGUUAGUAAGUUAACUGUAGUCCUCAGCCAUAAAUGCAUUACUGUAAGUAUCCAGAGCCAUCUUCCAAGUGCAACUUUUGACUGUCCAUACAGGGCUAUCAAAACGUGUUUAUGGGUUGCCCAUGUUAGUGUUCAUUGGCAUGUUAUUAUUGUGUUUGUUCCAACUACCAUCCAGCGCUGGUUAUCCCUAUCCUAGCAAUGCUGUAGCUAACCACCAAGCCUGUAUUUGUGCUAUUAGUAUGAAUUUGCCAAUAAAAAAGC